AUGAAGAUAAAUUACGAUGGUGCAAUUUUCUCAGAAGAGGGUAGAGCCGGACUAGGAGUGGUGGUUCACAAUUCGGAUGGCGUAGUAAUCGCUUCACUGUCUCAGCAAAUACCUUUGCCAGCAACUGUUACUCAAGUAGAAGCACUGGCAGCGAGGAGAGCAACUGAAUUUGCAGUAGAACUUGGCAUCACUUCCGCAGUGUUAGAGGGAGAUUCAGAUAUCAUUCACAGGGAGCUGAUAGGCACAGAACCGUCCCUAGCUUUACAUGGUCAUAUAAUUCAUGAUGUAAAACAGUUGGCUUCUUACUUUGCUUGUAUACAUUUUGUCCAUGUUCGUAGACAAGGAAAUAAUGUCGCCCACGCUUUGGCAAGAAAGGCAAUUACCUCGCCCGAUUUAAAUGUCUGGAUGAAAAAUGUACCACCAGAUAUCCUUCAUGUAGUUCAGGCUGAUUUAGCCUCUUAUGCUUAA